AUGUCCAAUUCUAAUAAGUCUUGCCUUUUGCUUGCUGGGUUUAUUCUGUUUUACAUUACUUACCUGUUACUCGGAGGGCUUGUGUUCUCGGCAAUCGAGCGACCCGUAGAGGAGAAUUUAAAAGCUGAUCUUAACACCCUUAAGGCACAGUUUCUGAAUCAGAGCUGCGUUAAUGCUACAGCACUAGAAAACUUUUUGGAAAAAGUUUUGAAGGCUAACAAAUAUGGAGUGUCAAUACUUCGAAAUGCAUCUGUGAAUUCCAACUGGGAUCUUGCUUCUUCUUUGUUUUUCGCAAAUACAUUAGUUACAACAGUGGGGUAUGGCCACACCACACCACUAUCUGAUUCAGGGAAGGCUUUCUCCAUUGUCUAUGCACUGCUGGGUGUUCCCUUCACCAUGCUGGUGCUCACGGUCUGUGUCCAGCGACUCAUGCACCUGCUGACGUACAGGCCGAUUGCAGUGUGCCAGCGCGAGGCAGGCUGGCAGCCCCGCACUGCCAGUGUCACACAGUUUGUUGUGUUGCUCAUCCUAGUGGUCUUCUGCUUCUUUGUGGUGCCUGCCAUGGUGUUCAGUGCUAUUGAGGAGUCGUGGUCCUUUUUGGACGCCUUCUAUUUCUGCUUCAUCUCACUCUGCACCAUUGGCCUAGGAGACUUUGUGCCAGGGGAGCAGGAAGGCCAAAAGCUACGACCCCUCUACAAGAUCUCUGUAAUGGUCUACUUGUUUGUGGGCCUGAUGUUCAUGUUCCUGGUGCUGCGCACGUUUCACAAACUGGCUGACUUGCACGGGCUGACGGCCUUCUUCCACCUGCCCCAGUACGAUGAGGAUGAGGAGGACAAAGAGCCCAUAGUAGCAGACAAGGUAGAUGAAGAUCCACCUGAAGCCGACAAAGUAUCUUCAGAGCCUCUGGAUCCUGGCUCUCAAGUGUCCUACAACUCCAUUAACAGAUAA